GACGUUUCUUUGAUAGGGACAGGGGACAGGAUACAGCUGUUUUCUUGUUUAUUUGUAUUAAGGUCCAGUGAUAAAUACGAAUAUUGAAUUAAUAAAAAAUGGUGAAGAAUAUAUUUGCCAGUUCCCACUUACUAACAUAUUUACAAGAUUUCGAUACUUCUGAUUCUUUAUCAGUUGGAUUAGUUCUAGGCCAGACAUGCGAUGGAAAAGAUUACAUCGUACAUAUGGCCAAAUCACCAUCAUUACCACCAAAAAAAUUACGAAAUCUAUCUGAUGUGAAUGAUUUAUGGCUAGCUGAUCAUGCCAAACAAGCAACUAAGAUGCUUUCAGGAGGCAUGUAUGUAAUUGGUAUCUUUGUGGCAUCAGAAACCGAUUUAGUCACAUCAUUUCCAACAAAUUUGAAGGCAGUUCUCCUUCAGUUGUCUAAAUCACUUUCAACAGAAUAUUUACAUGGAAACACAUCAUCUAAUGAGAAAAUAGUUAUAAAUUAUUGCUCGAAAUCGAAGCUUGUGAAAUGCAAACUGUAUGAUCCGAUUAAAUCUAUUGUAAAACCUGCAGAAAUAAAUUUUUGUGAUGAUAAUAAGUGGAUCAGGUUGGAAUGUAAAUAUGAAAUAGAAAAAAAUUACUUUUGGGAAGAGGAAAGCCCAGAAAUGGAUUUGAAAGAACAAAUGAAUGUGGUUUUGAAAGAUGUCAGGAAAAAUUUGAAAUUGUCAGUAAUUUUAUUUGAUGGUGAAUUUAAACCUGAAGAUGAGUGUUUGGAAUUAGUAGGAAAGCAGAAAAAGAUUUCGAAGUCUGAAAGGUCGAGUUAUGAAAACAGUAAUCAAGAUAGUAGGCCAAUAAUAGUGCAAAUAUUGGAGGAGACUACGGAUGAGAGUUCAGAUAUUAUCAUAAAAGACAUAAAAAGUCAAAUCAAAGUAGUGGGACAAAUAACGAGUACUGUGUGGAUGAAUCCAAGGGCUUCUUAUAAAAUGGCUUCUAAUGCCAUAGUUGAGGAUAUAUUGAGGAGUCUCUCCACGAGAUUAGAGAUGCAUUGGGAUUCUUUGAUCGAAGAAGAACAUAGGGAAGAUUCAAAUAGUAUUCAUGAACCGCCAAGAAGAGUUAUGAUAACAAUCCCGGGGACAGAAAUCACUGUUUCCGAUUAUUUGUUUCCUGGGGAAGGAGCAGAAGAAGCGAAAACCUCAGUUGAGGAAAUCUUAGACAUCAAACUGGCAGGUUUGCCAGAUGAAAUUCAAGAAGUUGAGGGCUUUAUUGAUAUAACAAGUUAUGAAGGCAACAUAAGUCAAAUUGCCGAAGGAAAAAUUUCAAAGAACGAUAAAGAAUAUAGUCAUAAACUCUUCAUUAUUGGAUUAAUUUUUGCUCUGCUAGUUUUGGUUGUUUCGAUUAUAGUACAUUCUGUUCUGAAAAAUUCAUGAAUGUUAUAUUUUGUUAUUAAUAUUUCGUUGUUAUAUCUCACAAACUUUUUGCAUUCCGAAAAAAGAUUUAAAAUCAAAACGGAACAUGGUUUAUUCAUUUCAAUCCAAUUUGUUCUUUGAAGUAAACAAGUUCUGGUUUUACUGUUCACUUACAGUAAAAAAAGUUAUUAUUAUCAUUAUAUUGGAUGAACGUUACUGUUAUUUAUUCCGUUUUGAUUAAAUCCAAUUGGUGUGUGUUUUAAGGUUUUGGUUUUAUACAAUAAAUGUAUAUUUUAUGGA